AUGGGCUUUGAUGUGUCUGUUAACUUUGUUGUCGCUACUUCCCUACUGUUACUCUACACUGUUGUGUAUGUGCUCCCGUUAUAUGCUCUAAAAUCGUCGAGACCAUCUCCGAGCUUGUCAAGAGACUCGCCACUAGUGAUACGUGCGCGCAUCCGAGCUGUAACUGUCUCGACAGCCCUGUGCUCCAUCCUCACCCUAGUGAUCAUCUGCCAACAGCCCGAAUGGAGCUUGAAAGAUGCUCUUUGGAUCAUGGGAAUAUGGCCAGUCGGUAUGAGAGAGUCUGUCAACUGCCUUCUUCUUGUAGCACUCUUGUUUGCCGGUCCGCUUUAUGAGACCUUUCUCCUAGAUGGGGUCUGGAAAGACUUGACCCGUCUCACAUACCUUAAAUCCCUCUGGCAGGAGUGGACAAUAUGGAGGAACAUUGUAGCUGGCCCUAUAACGGAGGAGAUCAUCUUUCGUUCUGCCGCUGUUCCACUUCUCGUUCUCUCUGGCAUGCAGCUGAACAACAUAAUAUUUGUGACACCCAUCAUCUUCGGGCUAGCCCAUAUUCACCACUUCUAUGAGUUCCGCCUAACUCAUCCUCACGUUCCCAUCACCUCUGCAAUUGCAAGAAGCGCCUAUUUCAUGCACCUAGUUGAGGAGCAGCUUAGUCUCCAGAGCCAGGGUGAGAACAUCGCUGAGUCCGCGUCCGCUGCCAAGAUCGAGCCCGUCCUCAUCCACAGAAAGCUCGGCCGGGAUGCUCCAUUUAGAGCUUUUUACGUUUUUGACAAGAUUGAGCUCAUUGCCUUCUUCCUUUGUCUAACCAUCCGAUCUACGGACGGGGGCAUCCUUGCUGCAAUGGACAUCGCUCAGGUUGUAUCUGGAUAUCUGACGAAAGUCGUCACAACUGGUGAUGUAGCCACAACAUCCGCUAAAAUGAAGAUCUUGUUGCUGGAUAAGGAGACAGUGUCUAUUGUAUCUACCGCAACGACGCAAUCAGCCCUUUUAAACCACGAGGUCUAUCUUAUCGACCGUAUUGACAACACCAACAGGGAGAAGAUGCGUCACUUGAGAUGCCUUUGCUUGGUGCGACCGUCACCUGAAUCUAUUCAGUUUUUGAUUGACGAACUGCGGAAUCCACUCUAUGGGGAGUAUUAUCUGUUCUUUACAAAUAUUGUGAAGAAGUCUUCGCUUGAAAGGCUGGCAGAGGCCGAUGAUAACGAAGUCGUCAAGGUUGUCCAAGAGCACUUCGCGGACUUCAUCGUUAUCAACCCGGACCUCUUUUCGUUAGGCUUUUCAGCGCCGCAGCAUCGCCUAUGGGGGUCUACUCCAGACGCCUGGAAUCCCAAUGUGUUGCAGCGGAGCACUGAGGGCAUCAUGGCGAACAUGUUUCUGAAUUUUGGAGAUUUGGGUGGCAAUAUCAAGGAUUACGUGGAGCAGUAUCAGUCCAAAACCAAAAACAACGCCAACAUCGAGUCUAUAUCUGAUAUGAAGCGCUUCAUCGAAGAGUACCCCGAGUUCCGGAAGCUGUCGGGAAAUGUGAGCAAGCACGUCACAUUAGUCUCCGAACUGAGCCGGCGUGUUGGCAUGGAGAAUCUAUUAGAAGUCAGCGAGCUAGAGCAAAGUCUUGCGUGCAACGAGAACCACAAUGCGGACCUGAAGACAAUACAAAAGCUUAUCCAGUCCCCUAAGGUUACUGAGGAUAGGAAGGCGGUCUCCAUGUUGAUUGAUCUCCUGGUGGCUGCUGGAAAUGUUUCCCAGCACCGGGCAGAUCUUGUAGCUCAAGUGCAAGCCUACCGGUCUUCGCUCAGCCAGGCAUCGACGCAAGCCGGAAUAUCCGAUAUAUUCGAAUCUGCGAGCAUUUUUCUGGGUCCCCGAGCGCAGAUAGACCGAACCUUAUACAAGCGGCACAUGCGAGAAGAGUUGUUGUCGUACUCUAACCUCACCGUGCUUCCCGCCACAGUUUCCGAUAUCGUAUUGGCUGAAAACGGCAAUAUCGACACGGCUGGUUCCAAUGGCAAAAGAAUAUCUGGAGUGCGGCUUGAUUCUGGCGAUAUCAUCCCUACGAAAAGCGUCGUAAUCACAACUGGCACUUUUCUAGGAGGCGAAAUACACAUUGGCAUGCAAAGUUAUCCGGCUGGGCGCAUGGGUGAAGCAGCAACAUAUGGCUUAAGUCAGUCGCUGAAGUCGGCGGGGUUUAACCUCGGGCGGCUGAAGACUGGCACGCCUCCGCGCCUUGCUAAGGAUAGCAUUCGUUUCGAUAUCCUUGAGAAACAACUCGGUGAUAGCCCGCCAACGCCCUUCAGCUACCUCAGUGACUCCGUCGCCGUACCUCCCGAGAAACAACUAACAUCUGCAAUCACCUAUACGAACGAUUUAACCCAUGAUGUUGUCCGCCAAAACCUAAAAAUACGAUACACAUCAGAGAAACGGUCAAGGGCCCUAGGUACUGCCCUUCUCUCGAAAGAAGCCCAGGAGCUACUUUUGCGCACUAUUCCCGGGCUUGAUAACGUGGUUAUGCUCCAGCCAGGCUAUGGAGUUGAAUACGACUAUAUUGACCCACGGGGGUUGAAGUACACCCUAGAAACGAAAGCUAUCGGCGGCCUCUAUCUUGCUGGUCAAGUUAACGGUACAACGGGCUACGAGGAGGCUGCCGGGCAAGGCGUCCUGGCUGGAAUCAAUGCCGGGCGUGCUGCUCAAGGGCUUACUGAGAUGACCUUGUCAAGGGCCGAUGGGUUUAUUGGCAUCAUGGUUGACGACCUAGUCACUCGGGGCGUAACGGAGCCCUACCGUAUGUUCACAACAAGAAGCGAAUAUAGGCUUAGUUCGAGGGCGGACAACGCGGACCUCCGCCUAACGGCAAAGGGUAGAGAGCACGGUGUUGUUGGUGCUGCCAGGUGGCAGAAAUUCACUCAUGAGCGCGAGCAGAUCCUAGCUCUUACGUCUGCAUUAUCAAGCACCUUAUUAAGCUCCCAGGAUUGGUCAAGGCUCGGCUUCCAUGUUAAUAUCGACGGAAAAAGGCGUACCGCUCUGGAUAUUCUUCGACUCUCUGAUGUUCAGAUGAAGGACUUCGCGAGCCUCAUACCCGAGCUGACGGACUAUUCCAACCAUAUCCAGGCCCGUGUGAGGCUCCAGGCGAUCUAUAAUCCUUACAUAGAAAUGCAGCAAUCUGAGCGCCGCGUUUUCGAGAGAGACGAGAGCAUUAAGAUUCCAGCUCGUAUCGACUAUGACGACAUCUUCGGCUUAUCCACGCAUGAACGAGAAAUACUAAAAACCACAAGGCCCCAGACUCUUGCGCAGGCUCGUCGCAUGGAAGGUAUCACGCCUGCAGGAGCCCUCCGGUUAUUGGGUCACGUCCGGCGUCAGCGCAAGUCCAUGCGGCCGAGCGACGCGCUUGCGGCCUAG